CUUUGGUUAGUACUUCCUGUUUCAAAGUCCAUCUUAGACCUGCUGCAGUGAAACCUAAACAGCUAAAAUUAAUUAUGUUGUGCAGAAGGUUGUGAAAUUAGAGUCUGUUUAUUUGCAGUGUUGUAAAGUAGUGUGUGAUCGGACAUGCAGCAAUUAGUGGAGUCUCUGGUCCGACUGCUGGAGUCUUACAGAGGAAGAGACAAAGUUAUCAGGACGGUCUGUUAUGGCUCUCAAUUGGUCGGAGGAGUUCUUACCCGCAAAGACGAAACAGAUACUUCCUCUCUGCAGUUUGGGAAGAGCCUGUUGCUUUUUUCUGCUCAGCUCAGCCACUGCCGGACGGUGCUGAGGCUUUUUGAUGAUCUCUCUAUGCUGGCCUACUCCCACAGCUACGGGCUUGGAGCUUCGGAGCAGGACACAAGCAUUCGUUGGAUAUCAGUGCUGAACAAUGUGGCGGACCAGCUCUACUACCCCUGUGAACACAUCGCCUGGGCCGCUGAUGCUGACCUCAUCAAAGUCAAGUCAGAUAAAUGGUGGUUGUUCAGUACAGUCCUGUGGGGAACCUCACUGCUGCUGGGGAUUCUCAGAUCACUUCGAGUUCUGCUGCUGCUGAAGAAGAAGUUGAAGAAAUAUGAGAGGGAUGAAGGAGAUAGCAGGCACUCUCAGCUCCGCAGACAGAUGCGUGGGGAGCUGCUCUCCAUCCUCAGCAGCAUGGCCGACCUCAGUAAUGCCAUUCACUGGAUGCCGCCAGGCUUCCUGUGGGCAGGACGCUUCCCCAGCUGGCUGGUGGGGCUGCUGGGAACCAUCUCCUCCCUGAUUGGUUUGACCCAAAUGAAAACAAGUGAAAGCGAGCAAUCAGACAGUACUGAAACAUCAUCACAGUAAACAAGAUAUGAUGCUUUGAUCAGCGCCAAAUGGAUUAUGGAUGUUUGUGGACAAUUUUUGAUGAUCUUUCAUUUGAACUGAUUGCCUAAGGACAUUAAGUUAAUUAUUUUAGCAUGAAAACACAUAAAAUCUAAAUCACUUGAUUCUAAUCAUGUGUCAUAGGUAAAUUAAUAGUUUAUCUUUUAAUGCCAAGCACCUUUAGUUUUCUGGAAAAUUUUUAAGAUUUAAAAAAAAAAAUUAAAUUUUAGUUAUGGACAUUAGAUGCUAAAUUUAAGUUGAUUAUUCAGUGUUUUGCUAAACAGCAUUUUUUUUAUGUGUCAUUGCAAGCAGAUGACCUGCCAUGUUGGUACAGCAUAGAGGUUUUCAAAAAACAGGAUCAAGGUUCAGCAUUGCAUGGCCAAUCACACUGAGUGUAGGGCAGACUCAUUUCAAGUCUGCAGAUCAUCAACAGUGAGUGUAAGGAUGCUUGUUCACUGAGGGUAGAGGGUAAACUGGGCAUGUAUUUCUGGACUGACAAGCCAGUUAUUGCCUUGUUUAAGACACUACAUAAACCUGAGUUACAGUUACCAAUUUAAGUGAAAAAGUGUGGAUGAACAUGGAGGGUUUGUUUAAUUAUUAUUAUUAUUAUUAUUAUUAUUAUACAUUUAUUGCAGGAAACCAGUUUUUGGAAGAUACAUCAGCUGCAAAAUGCAUCUUUUGCAUGGUAGAACCAGUUAAAAUAAGUAACGAAGAUUUAUUUAAUUUUUUUUUGUAACAUUGGAUACAUGUUGCCUGAAUUGUAUGCUAAAUGUAUUAUAUAAAUUUUAAUCUAUUUUUGAUAUUGUAAAAAUGUCUUUUUAAAAAUUGGUUGUUCUUUUAGAUCAUUCAGGUAAUUACAUACUGUACAUUUUGUUUAAUAAAUUACAGGCUAAAAUGA